UGGGUCGUCCGCGGUGGUCCGGGGAACAGGCGCAGCACUAACCUAACCGGCCUAUAGAGCGUUCGGCGAUUUUGUCGUCCGCGCGUGUAUCGCAGUCGCAAAUUAUAUUUUCCGUCGAUUCCAAAUAUUAUUGUCGCGUCGUUCGCGCGUGAGUCUCCGUCGUUAGCCGUGUUCCGGCCAACACCGGGACCGGGUCGAGUACUUGAACAUGUUCAAGAAAGAAAAACCCAUGAUGUCCGUGUCGGCCAUCAUACAGAGCAGGGCGGCGCAUCACCACUGGGGCAGAGGAUUAAGAUUGGACAAUAAUAUGUCACUGGGUUCAAUGGGUCCUCAGUCACCUCUAGACCUCAAACCCGACACGGCAACUCUAAUGGUCAAUUUCAGCCCUCCGGGAGCUCCUCUAAGUCCUGCAGGAUUAUACAGUGUCGACCGGAACAAUAUGAUGAAUAAUUCUUGCAACGUACAAGACUCUCCGAAUUACCCGCCCAACCAUCCGCUCAGCGGUUCGAAACAUCUGUGCUCCAUAUGCGGCGAUCGCGCCAGCGGAAAACAUUACGGAGUGUACAGCUGCGAGGGGUGCAAAGGGUUCUUCAAACGUACCGUGAGGAAGAAUUUGUCUUAUGCGUGUCGCGAAGAAAACAAAUGCAUCAUCGACAAGCGCCAACGAAAUCGGUGCCAGUACUGCAGGUAUCAAAAAUGUUUGACCAUGGGCAUGAAAAGAGAAGCCGUGCAGGAGGAAAGGCAACGUACAAAAGAACGAGAUCAUAAUAGCAUAGAAGUUGAACCCACGAGCAGUUCUAAUACUGAUAUGCCAGUGGAACUUAUUUUAAGGGCUGAGAAUAAAGCUGAUGCUAUAAAGACUGAACAACAGUAUAUAGAGCAACAACAUCCUCAACAUACUGUUGGUGCUAUUUGUCAAGCAACUGACAAGCAGUUAAUACAACUUGUUGAGUGGGCCAAGCAUAUACCGCAUUUUAAAAAUUUACCUCUAGGCGAUCAAGUUUUGUUAUUGAGAGCUGGUUGGAAUGAGUUGAUGAUUGCAGCAUUUUCCCAUAGAUCAAUCAGUGUAAAGGAUGGUAUAGUCUUAGCUACUGGACUUACUGUUGACAGAGAUUCAGCUCACCAAGCUGGUGUUGAAGCUAUAUUUGAUCGUGUACUCACUGAACUCGUUGCUAAAAUGAGAGAUAUGGGUAUGGAUAGAACAGAGCUUGGCUGUUUACGUACUAUUAUUCUUUUUAAUCCAGGUUCAAAAGGUUUGCAGUCUGUGAAUGAAGUGGAAGUACUACGUGAUAAGGUUUAUGUUGCGUUAGAAGAAUAUUGUCGUACAACACAUCCAGAAGAACCUGGGCGAUUUGCUAAACUACUUCUUCGGCUUCCUUCAUUACGUUCAAUUGGUUUAAAAUGUCUGGAACAUUUAUUCUUUUAUAAACUUAUUGGAGAUUCACCAAUCGAUACAUUUUUAAUGGAAGUUCUUGAAUCAUCGUCACAUGACGUUCAAGUAGCUACAUGAUUUCUAGAAAUUUUGCUAGUUAAUAAUACCAUUACUUAAAUUUAAUGGUUAUACAUUUAUAUAUUAAUGAUUAGAUUAAAAACAUAUUAUACAAAAUUGUUUGUAGAUAUUUUUCUUCAGAUUUAUGAAUUUAAAUUUUACAUGGUUAUAGAUUGAUCACUUAACCAAUUUAGAAGUUUAUAACUAUUAAUGUUAUAAAUUAAUGAUUUAAGAGCGUGUUUAGAAAACAAUGAUUUAUUAAAAGAUAUUAAUUAUAUUAUUUUAAACAAGUUUAUUUUUAUCUUAAAAUACUGUAAUUUCUUAAUCAAUUUUAAAUAGCUUAAUAAAAAACAUUUGUUGUUCCAUAGAUUUACAUUUUUCUUAUAAUUUGUUAAAAAUUAUAAUUAGAUACCUGAUUUUGGUAACUUCGCAAUUGAUAAAAUUCACAUAAAACUAUUGUUUCCAAAAACGACCAAAAAUUUUCACGAGGCCAUGUAAUUUCAUUAUCACAUAUAACUUAUUCCAAUUAAACCUGUUAUUACCUGUAGUAUAUGUACUACCUAUACACAAUUCAUUACAAAUAAAAUAGUUUUGUAACAUUUAUUACUUAUAUCUGGUCAAAAACCUAAUAAUUUGUUUUAUUAUACAAUUUCUUAACUACAACAGUAAUUAAUUUCUGAUAUUAAUAUCAUCAUUGUCUUUAGAAAAAAAUUUCCAAACACGUAGCUCUGUCACAAUUAUGUUAUAUAUUCAUAAAUGUAUUUAUUUUUGAUGUUUUGAUUAUAUUUAAGAUACAUUGUUUUGAAUAGUAACAAUUAUUAUAAAUAAUAAUAUAUUCAAUUAGGUUUGUAGGAAAACAUAAAAAUGGUUUUUAAAGCUGUUGUAUGUUUUCUAACUCAAUUUUCAGUAUUAUUUGAGUGUAAUCAUGUUUAACUUCAAAGUACUAUUAGAAUUUAAACUUCAUUAGUUUAUUGUUUUACUUGAUAUUUAAGUACAUAGUUUUAAUAUGUAUUGUAUUGAUUUCAAUGAUGUGUAUACUUUGUUAUUAUAUACAUACCAAGUACCAACUACAAACAUUUUUUAAUCAAACUAUUAUAAAUAAACUAUGAUAAUUAUUUUAAAUAGCUCUGCUUAAAUGAUGUAUAAAAAAUGUUAAAUUUGUAUUGUCUUAGCUAAAAAAAAAUAACCAUUUUACUACUUAAAUAAACUUCAAUCCUAAUGAAAUAUAAAUAUAUAAUUUAUUAAUGUUUUAACCAACUACUUACUGACAAAUGUUUAAUUUUUAAACUAAAUUAUUAUUAUUAUUUAUUUCUAUGAUUUAUUUUGUAAUAAUAUUAAAGAAUGGAAAAAUAAUUUGCAAAGCAAAAAAGAAAGCAAAAAAUAAAUGUGACGAACAAUUUUUCCUGUAUAAACCUAAUGCAUAUCUAAUUAAGUUUUGUUAAAUUCAAUAAUGGCACUUCUAAAUUUAAAAAUUGCAUACACUGUGUUGGUUUUUAUGUACCAAUUACUAUUUAUAUUAAAUGCCAAUAAUAAGUUUUGUUACAUUACUAACCCAAAAGGCCUAUUAGUUAUAAAAAAAAAAAAAAAUACCAUAAAAUGUUGAGUGAUUGUUCCAUGUGAUUAUUUUCAAAAUUAUACUACCUAUCUUAAUUUUAUACCUCAUUAUGUUUAGGAAUUUAAUUUAAAAUUUGAUGAAAAAUGAAUUGUGGUUUUUUUUAUUAUUAUUAUUUUUUAUUAUUCAAUGUAAACAAUUUUAUUUUUUUUAACUUAUUAUUGUAUUUACUAUUAUUUUUAAUAAAUAACUAAUCAUUAUAAUACAGCACUGUAAGUUAUUAAUUAUUAAGAUGGUUACGGUAUUAAAAUAUGUAUGAAAAUUACGUUAGAUAAUAGAGUUUUAGGUUCCUAGUAUUUUUUAUGUGAAUUGUCUUCUUAUUAUUUAUUAUAUUUUAAGGAUAUUUUUUUUUUUAAGAAUAUAUUUUUUUAAUUAUAAGUAUUUUUAAUUUUAUCUCAAGUUACUGACAUUUUAUUCAUAUAAAAAUGUUACAUUUUGAAAAUAAAGAGUUACACUAUAAGUUAAAAAAAUGUAUAUUAGUUUUAUAUAAAAAGAAAAAGAAAAUACUUUUCACAUGUAAUGUGGGCUUUUGGAUUGGCAACAAGAGUAUAAUAAAACCAUAUUAAAUAUCA